GGGCGGAAGUGGCGACGCUGGCGUCCCGGGAGGCGGCGGGCGGCGACAGCCCGGGCGCGGACGCCCUCGGCGCGGGCUGGGGCAUCACCAAGGGCCUCGACCCCGAAAUGGCGCUGCUGGCCGAGCACCUGCUCAAGCCGCUGCCCGCGGACCGGCAGAUCGAGACCGGGCCCUUCCUGGAGGCGGUGGCCCACCUGCCGCCCUUCUUCGAUUGCCUUGGGUCCCCAGUGUUCACACCCAUCAAGGCAGACAUCAGUGGGAACAUCACGAAAAUCAAAGCCGUGUACGACACCGACCCAGCCAAGUUCAGGACCCUGCAGAACAUCCUGGAAGUGGAGAAGGGGAUGUAUGGAGCAGAGUGGCCCAAAGUGGGGGCCACGCUGGCACUGCUGUGGCUUAAAAGGGGCCUGCGCUUCAUCCAGGUGUUCCUGCAGAGCAUCUGCGACGGGGAACGGGAUGAGAACCACCCCAACCUCAUCCGCGUAAAUGCCAACAAGGCCUAUGAGAUGGCCCUCAAGAAGUACCAUGGCUGGCUGGUGCAGAAGAUCUUCAAGGCUGCACUGUACGCCGCGCCCUACAAGUCUGACUUCCUGAAGGCGCUCUCCAAGGGGCAGAACGUGACGGAGGAGGAGUGCCUGGAGAAGGUCCGCCUCUUCCUGGUCAACUACACGGCCACCAUCGACGCCAUCUAUGACAUGUACACCAAGAUGAACGCGGAGCUUGACUACACGGUGUAGGCGUCCAGACACACAGCCCCGCGUGGGAGCAAGCAACCCCGAAUCACUGUGAAUCAAGCUGGGGUCCCCAGCUCAGCUGCCAGGCCAGCCCAGGUCUGCAGGGGCAGCCGCAGCUUGCUAGAGGUCAUUUGCUUUUGUGUUUGUUUCUUGCCUAUUCUAAUGGAGCAAUAAACACCUAACUCCUGCUUGCCCAGCAGCCCAGGUUGAGCACACCGUCCCUCCAGUGUGGUCAAAACCAAUUAACGUGGCUAACGAUCAAUUCCCAGAGUUUUCUGUCUUUUCCUCCUCUGCCCAGCUCGGGGGAGACAUACACCUCACCCAGCAAAGAAACCUGGUCCAUCUGGCCCAAGGAUGUCUUAGAUGUUUGGAGGACAAUGGCGUCUGAUUGUAAGUCCAGCAGGGCCCCUGCUGUGGGUCUGUUUAAAAAAGCAAGCUGGCAGGAGCCCUCACAUGGCUGCACAUCCGCCAUGCCAGCCAGCCCUGUUCUCUCUUUCUUGCACUCUGUCUUUUGUCAGACAGGUCUUUGUUUUUUUGUUUUUUGUUUUUUUGUUUUUUAAGCCGAAAUGUACCAGCAAGCCUUUUCAAAUGAGUGACUAGGCACACACAGGUGACCAUACGAGACUGUAUCCGCAUUCUUCUGCAUAAUUAUUGUCUUCAGGGAUGGCUUCUCCAACCUAAGAAACUGCCUGUCAUGGGAGCCCUCCAGCUGUGGAGACCCAAGAAACUGCCUUGCUGCCUUAACUGUCCUUCUGGCGCUAAAAAGAGCUAUAUUUUUUAAAGUAUUGGGGUAAACAGACCCUGAAAGAAUUGAUGUGUGUUAAAGAAAACAAAACAAAACCCAAUGAGGAACAAUUGGUGAUUUUUAUGCAGAAAUUAAAUAAUCCUUAAUAAAUAAAUCUAUAUUUUGAAAUCGUA